UCCGUCGGCCCGGAGUCCAGCGUCCUCCCCAUCCAGACCGUGUACACCAGCAGCGGCUGGGACUCCUACUCCUUCGCCUUCAAGGCCCGGCACAGCACCGUGUGGCUCACCAUCCACAACCCCGGCAUCGAGGAGGACCCAGCGUGCGGCCCCCUCAUCGACUCCAUCGCCAUCAAGAACCUCAGCCCUCCACGCCGCGAAAAGGGUAACAUGCUGAGGAACGGAGACUUCGAGGAGGGCCCGUUCAUCUUCCCGGACACGGCGUGGGGCGCGCUGGUGCCGCCGAUGGACGAGGACGACGUGUGCCCGCUGCCGGGGUGGAUGGUCAUGUCGGACACGAAGGUGGUCAAGUACGUGGACGCGGCGCACCACGCGGUUCCGCGCGGCGCGCGCGGCGUGGAGCUGGUGGCCGGCAGGGAGGCCGCGCUGCUGCAGGAGGUGCCGACCACGCCCGGGCGGUGGUACGGCCUGUCCUUCUCCGUCGGGGACGCGGGCAACGGGUGCGCGGAGCCCAUGGUCGUGGAGGCCUACGCCGCCCGGGCGACGGCGAGGGUGUCGUACGAGUCCCGCGGGACGGGCGGGUUCAAGCGCGCCAGCCUCGAGUUCGCCGCGGCGGCGAACCUCACGCGCGUGGUGUUCCAGAGCUACAACCACCACAUGAAGCCCGACGGGACGCUGUGCGGACCGGUCCUGGACGACGUCUCCCUCGUCAGCGUGCGAAGGCACGCGGCGCGCCGGUUGCUCUUGUAGUCCGUUCCGGAACAGAGAUUUUUCGCAACGAGCCGCGUCCGCUGCGACAUGCUACUGGUACUGGAACAUACAAAUGCGUACUGUACUUUGCGUCUGCUGGUGGCCGGCCGGGGAAUAGCAGUAGCAGUCCGUGCAUGCGCAUGCCUGGUAUAUCUGCCAUGGCAGGCGGUUGUAGAAUUCGGCUUAACUUGUUUCAUUACAUCAUGGAUUGCAUUCUUUUGCAGCAAAGAUGUGCUUGCUACUUCAGUCUGCCAUCACUGAUGGAAGUGCAGAGAAAGCAGAAGGUGAAAAAAAAAGCGAGAAAAGAGAAGGCGCCAGCGGUGACACAAAGCUUAACCAGAUAGUGUGUGUGGGAGUAUGACUUGUCGGCCCUGGGUGGAAGUGUGUGAGAGUGAGGCUUAAAAGCUAAGUUUGUGUUUGAAUGCUGCAUUGAACUAUGUAUUCAGUAAACUGGUAGGGAAGGUGAUCCUUCCUCCUCGUACUGA